AUGCCCUUCCGGGCCAACAGCACUACGUUCUCCACCGUGUUGACAAACAUCACCACCGCGCUGUUCAUCCUGGACGCCGCCAGAACGUUCCGAUGCCCGACCACCUCCCCUGCGGCCAGGCAGCACUCCCCCACCCCCGCCCUGGUAACCACUCCCCCACCCCCGCCCUGGAGAAUCACCACACUUCAGUUUCAUAUCAAAGCUGAACAUCUCCUCUUCCCCUGCUACACCUGCUCCAUUAAUAAGAAGGACACUCCGCCUCACCUUUACACUCCGCCUCACCUUUACACUCCGCCUCACCUUUACACUCCGCCUCACCUUUACACUCCGCCUCAGCCUUACACUCCGCCUCACCUUUACACUCCACCUCAGCCUUACACUCCGCCUCACCUUUACACUCCGCCUCACCUUUACACUCCGCCUCAGCCUAACACUCCGCCUCACCUUUACACUCCACCUCACCUUUACACUCCACCUCAGCCUCACACUCAGCCUCACCUUUACACUCCACCUCAGCCUUACAAUCCGCCUCACCUUUACACUGUGCCUCACCUUUACACUGUGCCUCAGCUUUACACUCAGCCUUACACUCCAUCUCAGCCUCACACUCCGCCUCACCUUUACACUCCACCUCAGCCUUUCACUCCGUCUCACCUUUACACUCCACCUCAGCCUUUCACUCCGUCUCACCUUUACACUCCACCUCAGCCUUUCACUCCGUGUCACCUUUACACUCAGCCUCAGCCUUACAAUCUGCCUCACCAUUACACUGCGCCUCAGCCUUACACUCCACCUCACCUUUACACUGCGCCUCAGCCUUACACUCCACCUCACCUUUACACUCCACCUCACCUUUACACUCCGCCUCAGCCUUACACUCUGCCUCACCUUUACACUGUGCCUCAGCUUUACACUCAGCCUUACACUCCAUCUCAGCCUCACACUCCGCCUCACCUUUACACUCCACCUCACCUUUACACUCCACCUCACCUUUACACUCCACCUCAGCCUUACACUCCACCUCACCUUUACACUCCACCUCAGCCUUUCACUCCGUCUCACCUUUACACUCCACCUCAGCCUUUCACUCCGUCUCACCUUUACACUCCAUCUCAGCCUCACACUCCACCUCACCUUUACACUGUGCCUCAGCCUUUCACUCCGUCUCACCUUUACACUCCACCUCAGCCUUUCACUCCGUCUCACCUUUACACUCCAUCUCAGCCUUUCACUCCGUCUCAGCCUCACACUCCACCUCAGCCUUUCACUCCGUCUCACCUUUACACUCCAUCUCAGCCUCACACUCCACCUCACCUUUACACUCCACCUCAGCCUUUCACUCCGUCUCACCUUUACACUCAGCCUCAGCCUUACAAUCUGCCUCACCGUUACACUCCGCCUCAGCCUUACAAUCUGCCUCACCGUUACACUGCGCCUCAGCCUUACACUCCACCUCACCUUUACACUCCACCUCACACUCUGCCUCACCUUUACACUCCACCUCAGCCUUACAAUCCACCUCACCUUUACACUGCGCCUCAGCCUUACACUCCGCCUCACCUUUACACUCCACCUCACACUCCGCCUCACCUUUACACUCCACCUCAGCCUUACACUCAGCCUCACCUUUACACUCCGGCUCAGCCUUACACUCCGCCUCACCUUUACACUCCACCUCACCUUUACACUCCGCCUCACCCUCCACCUCACUCUCAUUCUCCACCUCACCCUCACACUCCGCCUCACUCUCACGCUCCGCCUCACACUCCACCUCACUCUCACACUCCGCCUCACCCUCUGCCUCAGUCAAUAAACAAGCUGUGUUUGGAUGAUUGUCUCAGAUUUCCAUGUUUGUUGAGUGAAGUGGUUCUAAAACUCUUGCCUCCACACAUUAGGACAUAA